UACUGCGCCGGCGCUAGCCGCGCGUUCGCCCGUCGGGGCCCCCCGCUUGCCUGCCGCUGCCGACACAACAUCUUUUGGCGACGAGGAUGGGAUUCCCGCAGCGGUUCCGACCGAAGCCCCGGGACACCAACGAGCUUCGUAAGUGAAGCGACCCUUCCCGUGUCCGCACGGCAGGCAAACGCCGCCGACGCACUCGGCGUCGCGAGGCUUCCGAGCCUAGGCCUACUCGCCCCUUUGUUCUUGCCCCAUUCCUGCGGCGAGCUCCGGCUUGCCUCCUGCACGCUACCCGGCAUGGCUUUUACUGCGAACCUUCCCGUUUUUCUUGAAGUGCCCGGCCCACCGUUAAUCCCUUGGUAUCGCUGGAAAAAAAUUUUUCAGGCCCACCUCGAAGCGGCCGGCGGUGGCGACUGGACGGACGCGCGACGAGCGUCCGCGCUCGUCAGCGCUCUCGGGCGUGAGGGACAACGGAAGUACUUUGCAGACGAGGAGCAGGAAGCAGCAAGGCAGUUAACCAGCGCAGCGUCAGCUUCAAGCGAAGCAGCAAGGCAGUCAACCGGCGCAGCGUCAACGUCAAGUGAUGCGGUCCCGCCAGCGUCAGAGUUUCCGAGACUCUUGGAGCGGCUUGACCGGCUGUUCGCCGCGUCAACAAAUGUCCUGGCGGAACGGCACGAAUUCACCAGUCGGAAGCAGUUCGACGGAGAAGGAUUCCUGGAAUUCGUGACCGCAUUGAAGGAGAAGGCGGUACAGUGCAACUUCGGCACAACCUAUGGCGAGCGCGUCCGAGACCAAAUCAUACAUGGGGUAGCGAACGUCAGCGUUCGCGAAAAGUUGCUGGCUCAUGGCGAAACCCUGACCUUGGACAAGGCAGAAGAAAUUGGACGCUCGUUAGAAGCCCUACAUCGAGCGAACCGCGCGUUCGACUCGGAGAAAAUACAAAGAAUUGAGGCAGCUCAACUUGGCGCUCCAUCGACGAGCCAAGAUGGCCGACGUAGUCCGGGAGGCCAUGACGAUGGCCGACUUCUUCCGGGGAGCCGCCAAGAUGGCCGACGUAGUGCAGGAGGCCAUGAAGAUGGCAGACUUCUUCCGAGGAGCCGCCAAGAUGGCCGCCGUCUUCCAAGAGGCCGCCCAGAUGAUCGACAUUUUCCGCGAGGCUCCUCCGGGACCCGCAAUGAAGCACAGGAUGCGAAGGACCCUAAUUUCGAGCAUAGUUCAUGCGACCGGUGUGGCAGUACGAAGCAUAUUGCAACGUACAGGAAUUGCCCCGCAAGGAACCGGCGGUGCAACGCCUGCCACACGUUGGGCCAUUUUGCAUCAGUAUGCCGAAAAACCCGUACUGUCCAGCACGUCUCUUCCGCAGAGACGCGGUCUUCGUCAACUUCCGCAGGACAGCCGUCCGCGUCUGUCUUGACGGUGAGCACCUUGGAAGCUAAAAGGGAUUUGCAAGUCCCGGUCGUGGUUAACGACGUCGCCAUGCGGCUGCUCGUGGACACAGGAGCGUCUGUCUCAUUGAUGACGGCCGAGGAUUUUGGAAAGCACUUUGGUCGACAGCACAGACUGUCAAAAGCAGCAGUGGACUUGAGGAAUUUCUCCAAGCAACGCAUCGACAUUCAAGGCCUUUUCCAAGCCACUGUCCAGUUUCUUCAAAGGUCGUGCUCAGUCACGUUCCAUGUAACGUCCACAGGAACAUCACUGCUGGGUCUUGACGCCAUCCAGCGUUUGAGGAUACAAAUCGACGGUACUUCGCUGACAUGCUGCCUGGCUACGCUUCCUCCAGUACAGAGCCCCACAGGCUACCCCUGGCUCUCCGUGACCAGGUGACAAAUGAACUGCGGCGUCUCGAGGACUGCGACGUCAUCGAGCGCGUCGAGGCUUCUGAAUGGGUGUCUCCACUCGUCGUGGUGCGCAAAAAGGAUGGAGCCAUCCGGCUCUGUGUUGACCUCCGGGAACCGAAUAAGGCAAUUGUCAUUGAUGGGUAUCCUUUGCCGCACGUAGAAGAGUUAUUGCAAAUGUUUCAUGGUGCCACAUAUUUUUCUAAGCUGGAUCUAGCAUCUGCUUACCACCAGCUGUUACUGGAAGAAGGUAGUAGAGAUCUCACCACAUUCAUAACUCAUGAAGGCUUAUUCAGGUUCAAGCGUGUCUGUUUUGGCUUGGCAUCCGCGCCAGCAGUGUUUCAGAAAAUGAUGUCACAAAUCUUGCAGAAUUGUAAGAAUGUUGUCUGUUACCUUGAUGACAUUUUGGUAUGGGGUCAGACGAAACCUGAGCAUGAUGCUAAUUUAAGAGAAGUCUUGCUUUGCAUUUCAAACAGUGGUAUGAAACUGAAUGAAAAAUGUGUCUUCUCUGUGAGAGAACUGACUUUUCUGGGCCAUAAAAUUUCAGCUGAAGGCAUUUCGCCUACAGAAAGCAAGGUAAAAGCAAUCCUGAAUGCGCCUGCUCCUACAGAUAUUAAGUCAUUGCAAUCCUUCUUAGGAUUAGCUGGUUACUAUGCCAAGUUCAUUGAUCAUUAUGCAGAACUUGUAGAACCGCUUCGCCUCAUGCUCAGGCAAGGGCAAAAUUUUGCUUGGUCUGAUGACGCACAACGUAGCUUCAAUCAGUUGAAAGCUCAUCUUACAUGUUCCCCUGUCAUUAAGAUUUUCAACCCUGAAUUGCCUGUGGUAGUCACGACUGAUGCAUCUGAUGUUGGUGUUGGUGCUGUGUUACAGCAACCGUAUGGUUCCAAGCUAGAAACUGUAGCUUUUGCAUCUAGAACUUUGUCUGUAGCUGAACGAAAGUAUUCUGUAGGAGAGCGUGAAGCGCUAGCAUGUCUGUUCGCAUGUGAAAAAUGGCAUGUUUACCUCUGGGGUAGACGGUUCACUCUUCGAACUGACCAUCAAGCAGUAGUUGCAUUACUGUCCGCUGGCGACUCAGGUCGUCGACCUCUUCGCAUUUCAAGAUGGUCAGCCAGGCUCCUGUAUUACAACUUUCAGAUUGAA